CACCGUCACCAACACCGUCACCAACAUCGUCACCAACACCGUCACCAACACCCCUUACACUAUAGCAGCCUUGUUUCUGUCAGUCGGCGUCCUCCUCCAACACUCCAGACAUCUUCAACAGCCUUGAUAUCACCACCAAAUACCCCAAAAUCCUCACCAACAAUCACCGCCAACAGCCCGAGCAUCAUCAACAGCUCAAACGUCAACACCAUCACCUCUUUCUUUUACACCAACACCAUUCUGAACUGCAGCUCGUUUUCCGUCAGCAAAAUUGCCACCCCACCAAGACCACUUCUUGCGAGGUCACCGGCGUCAAACACCUCUCAUCUUUAUCAAUGUACAGUAGCUUCUUCAACUUGAGACAGCAAACUAAUACCUCCACCAGUGACCUCCACGCCUCCAUUAUCCACCGGCCUCCACAGUUUUCACAGCUCAUUAGAUAGAUUCCCUCCCCCCCCCCAUUAUCACCAGGCAACUCUUAAGACCCACCUCCAUAAUCACCACCAUUCCCCACCUAUCACCUCCUUGACCAACAUCACCAAUAGCAGCUGCGACCUCUCCCAACACUGGCUGCAGCACCUGCAUAGACCGUGCCCUAACUACCACCAACAGCGGUGGAGAAGCCUCCUUCAGACGUGUCCUCCCCAUCACCAACACCGGCUGCCACACCAUCAAACGUGCCCCCAGCGCCACCAACACCACGGCGACCACCACCAAGAUCUUCAACGACCUGACCUCGGAGGGCGCCGGGUCUUGUGAGCUGACCCAGGUCCAGCACUACAAUGACCUGGCGCGCUCCAAGACCACCAACAUGGACUCGAAGAAUGCUGACCUCAAGGAUAAGAACAAGCUCAACGACUCUCCCAGGGACAAGCUGGUCAACAAGGAGGCGGAGAAGCUCACCAACAAGAGUGGAGCGGUGGAGAAGACCACCAAGAAGAACGACCGAGGGAGAAGAGGACUCAGCCUCAGCCUCAAGAGGUCUAACUUCUGGAACACUUUACACAACAAGACCCUCGAACUCCCUGACAGACUGCGCAGAGAGGAGCGCAAGCUAGUCAGAGUACCUCGUCUUCAGAUAUGGCUGAGUACAGACCAGACAAGCAGGGACCCUCCCCCUGAGGAGCACCAGGUCCUUAAUAACACCAGGGAACCGCUGCCCAAGUAA